AAGAUUACCAGAGUACCCUCAAGUUAUUGACUUAAUUACAUAGAAUUAAUUAGUAAUUAAGCUCCCACAUUAGAGGAAGAAAGCGUAAUUAUCUGUGGGGAGCGAGGCAAGGCAAGUGGUCAAAGGUGAUGAGAAGUUUUGCCUAAAUCAAACAAUUUGACCGACUAAAAUGGAAUAACAGGGCCGGGUAACAUGAGCCUCACGUGACAUGCUUCGCGUCGUUCGAAAGUGAGUCACACGUUGAAUAUGCUCUCCCAUAAGGCCAAACUCCUCCCAAAAAAGGCCAAACGGGAUCCAUUCUACACGUGUCCAAAUCAUACACCAUCAUCGGGAUGUGGCGGCUUGUUUCUAAUCGGAAUCUGCGGUGUGAGACUAACCGAUGCUGGUGAUUAGAGGUACGUGACUCGUCCAAAUUGCACAUCAUUAUAAAAGACAUAUACCUAAAAAAACUAUUUUUAAAAAAUAAUAUGCAGGAUUUCUGUUGGGAUCUUAUAAAACGGCAAAUUCAGUGUUUGGGACUCCACGGCAACCAAAACUCUGCUUCUACUACUAUACUACACUUUUGCCUACUCUUAUUGAAAUAUUUUGGUUCUCCGUAUAGUUUCUUUGAAACACUAGCAGCCUUUUUCUUCUCUUUCUUCGGUGUUUGCAGAUAAGAUUGCUUUCAUUCUCAGUCGUGAAGUGAAGUCUAAUCGUAGUGGGUUUUUUUUUUUUUCCAGAUUUUCCAUCUGGAAUCGUCAGGGAAUAGUGACCAGUAUAGAAACUUCCUGGUACUGGGUUGGCAAAAAAAAAGGAAUUACUGGAGCUUUUUUGUACAGGCCAUAGUUGUUUACUUCCCUUUUCUGCUGGGUUCAGUAUCUCCUUUUAUAUCUGUUGCUUUCUACCAAAUCUUUAGGGUCUGUGAGAUCUUUUUCCCUUCUCAGCCUCUGCCAGGGUUCUCUUUGUUGAAGGGUCUCUCUCUCUGUUUCCCUCUCUUCUUCCCUUUUUCCAAUCUAUAUCUGAAAACAUAAUCUUUCAAGGUUGUUCAAGUUUUUGAUAGUGUUUUUGAAACCUUUUGAUACCUAUUGGCAGAUUUCUGAUUCAGCCUUGUCUUUGUUAUCUCUUUCCAAGGUUUAAGCUUUCCUUUCACGGUUCCUUGCCUUUUCCCCACUUUAUUCUUCUACCUGCGUCGACCCUUGUUCUCUUCUAUCUUCUAUCCAUGCCAACGGACAGAAUCUGAGACCAUCCAAACAACGUAGCCUCCAAAAGAAAAGGGAAAUCAUCUAAGCCAAAAAUGGACCAAAGUGUCCUAUGUCCGAUCAAAUACACCGAACACAAAAAAGUCACCAAAAAAUUCAGAAAACCAUCCUUAAAAACCAAAAAACCAUCUUCCGAUUGUGACCCUACUCACAACAGCAACAACCCUGAUGGUCCGAGAAUCGUUCGUGUAUCUGUUACGGACCCUGACGCAACAGACUCUUCCAGCGACGAGGAAGCUGACUUCUUUGGUCGCCAGAGAGUGAAACGCUACGUCAACGAGAUCAACAUCGAAGCCGCUUGCAAAAACACUGCCACCACCAUUACUUCCAACAGCAACCGCAAAAGGAAAGUCCCUGCCUCUGACGUCACAGCGCCUUGUCGUAGACCGCUCAAGCUUUCUUCAUCCAACGGAAACGGUAGGAAGUUUAGAGGAGUACGGCAAAGACCGUGGGGAAAAUGGGCGGCCGAGAUUAGAGAUCCUACUCGACGUGUACGGCUGUGGUUGGGUACUUAUGACACUGCUGAAGAAGCAGCCAUGGUUUAUGAUAAUGCAGCAAUCAAACUUCGAGGGCCUGACGCUUUGACCAACUUCGUUACUCCCCCAGCUAAAGAAAAUAAUGAAAAGCCAGAAAACAUUAACGUGGCUUCAGUUCCUGGAUGGUACGAAUCAGGGGACGAAUCAUCUCACAAUCUUUCUUCUCCAACUUCAGUUCUUAACUUCCAAACUCAAUCAAGUGAAGAAAAAGCAAUCGAACCGGAAAAACCGGUUCAGGAACUCCAAGAAGAAGAGAGUAAGCCGCCGCCGGUUCCUAGUGAAUGUCAAGUGGAAACUGCAACAAACUUGCCCGAUGAUUUGGGAGAUUAUUUGCCACUCGAUUUCCCUUUCCGUGACGAGUUUUUCAAUAUCCCAGUUCCAGGAAUGUCGAUUUUUGAUGAUACUGCGACAAUUUUGCCGGACAGCAGCUUGUUCAAUGAGGAUUUUAGUGACAUGUUAAUCGAUACGCCCCAAGAUUUUGGCUGCUCCUUAUCACCUUCAAUUUAUCAAGUGGACGAUUACUUUGAAGACAUCGGCGAUUUGUUCUUCCCAGACCCUCUUGUGGCACUAUGAGAGAGAAAGUUUAGUCCCUUUUCGAAACGAGUGUCGUCCCCGUUUGCUUGCUGAUUUCUCGGUAGUUUUUGGAUCGGCGGCAACAAAAAAAAAUUGGGGCUAAUAAUUUUUUUUUAACGCUGUUAAGUAGUAUUAUUUAUUUGUUUAAUUUCUCCGUUAAAAUAGACGGAGAGUUCAGUGGAGUUUUCUUUUGCUGAAUUUUGUGUUUUUCUUUUUAUA